AUCCAACCCCUAACCCCCCUCCCUCCCACCACAAACCCCGCCCCGCCACCAUGGCCGACGACCCCGCCUCCGCCGCGCCCUCCUCCGCCGACCAAGACGAGGAGGGCACCGAUAGCGACGCCUCCAACGACUCCCACCCACCCGCUGCCCAGGAGGCCCCGCCUCCACCCUUCCCCGACACCUCGGCCCCCGCCUUCCCCGAACCGGCCGGUCCAGUUCCGCCGCAGGGGGCGAGUGCCGCGGCGGCGGCGGAGGACUCGCGGCGGCUGUUCCAGCGGCUGUGGACGGACGAGGAGGAGCUGCUCAUCCUGCGCGGGUUCCUCGACUUCACGUCGCGCCGGGGCACCGCCUUCGCCUCCCACCAGUACGACACGGGGCCCUUCUACGAGGAGAUCCGCCGGAAGCUCUCCUUCGACUUCUCCAAGAACCAGCUCAUCGAGAAGCUGCGCCGCCUCAAGAAGAAGUACCGCGUCUGCGCCACCCGCAUGGCCGCGCAGGGCGCCGCCUUCGCCUUCAAGAGCGCGCACGAGGGCGCCAUCUACGACGUCGCGCGCCACAUCUGGCGCCCGGCCUUCAAGCGCGACGGCGCCGGGGGCGACGCCUCGGACGAGGACGACAUCAACCCCGCAGAAGCAGCGGCAGUCGCAGCAGCUGCUGCUGCCGCCACCGCCGCCGCGGCUGCCGCCACGGAGAUACCUGCUGCUGUCGAGGAGGGUGGUGGCGGAGGCGCGUCUGCGCACACCCCUCGGGGCAGGGGCUCGCGGCGUGGUGGAAGGAAGAGGAUGGCGCAGGAGAUUGAGGCGCCCACAUUCCCUGCAACGCCUGCUCCGAUGUUGACCGAUGCGGCUCAGGAGCAAGCUAUUGCGGCGUUCGAGAGUUCCGUGCCGGUGAUUGCACAGCCACCCUCAGUGCCGGCAGCGCCAUUGCCUCCUUAUCCGCUGACAGCCAAUGGCCCCACUGAAGCUGAUGUCCGGAGCAUCCUGUCACCGCUGCUGAAGGAGCUCAUCAGCUCGGUUGCUGUUCCAGGGCAGACCGGACUAGGAUUGGGCUUGGGCAUGGGAUUCGGGGGUGCUGAUAUUCUUGGCGUUGGUCUUGGGGUGGCCGGACUGAGCCCUCGGGUGCCCGGUGAUGAGAAGUGGAGGCAGCAGCAGAUUCUUGAGCUGGAGGUCUACCUCAAGAGGCUCGAGCUUGUCCGGGAGCAGGUCAUGACGGUGCUACAAGAACUCAGGUCAUCAGAAAGCUGAUUACCUCAUAUUGUGCUGUAAAAUUCUCCGAUUCGGAGGUAACAUUUUUCUCUAAAGAGUAGUGAGUAUUUGUUUACUGUCAAUGCGGCAUUGGAAAAGGCAUACACACAGUGUUGGUGGUGUUCUUCUCAUUAUAGGCUUGGCCACUUGGGUCGCUUAGUUGCAUGUACUGGUUGUCAUCAUAAGGUUAGAGAUGAACUUUGAUCUGUAGAUGGGAUGAUGAUCAAAGUUUGUGAUCACUUGUAGCUCACUUUAUGCUCUGAUGCGAUAUAAGAAAUGCAGUGAAUGGUUUUGAAUC